AUGUCUGUCAGCCUGUCCCCGCCACUCGCGCCUCCGCCACUCGCGCCCGAAGAUAAUGAGCGUGCGCGCAGUGCUGAACGACGGGCUCGGGCAGCAUGCGGACCUGGCUCGAUGAGCGACAUUGUCGUUCCCGCAUUCCUCACCGCCGAAGUCCAGCGAUUCUUCGACGAUGACCCCGAGUCGUCUGGCAUCAUCUCGCUUUCGCGAGUUCACUCGGCCCUAGAGGUUCUGCCGACGGCUUUAGUGGGACCUUCGCGAAUGCCUAAGACCCGGUUGCGCACUGUCUGGGGUCUGUUGCAACAGGAGAUGAAAUUUGCCGUUGGCUAUAACAAGGCAUCCGAGGUGAAGCCCCUGCGAAAGAUGUUCAAUUCGAUCAACAAGGGAGCGUACAACACGGAGCAGGGACAGUGGGAUAUGGGCUUUGUGAGGGAGAGUCUGGCAAAAGGUUGGCCCCAGGAGCAGGCGCUUCCGGUGAAGCUCGGCGCCAGCGUGUUGGGACCGCUUCAGUGGUGGUACACGUCUUGGGUGCUUUCCGGAGACUCUCCGCCGACACGCCAAGAUAUAUACGAUUGUGCUCUCAGAAGUUUUCAGAAGGCUCUGCAACGCCAUGUACAAGCAGAACAGUCGCCGCGGCCCGACGAAACUGGUGCUGGAGCAUCCGGGAGUAAUAGGCCGGUUCGUCGAGCAGCGAGUGCCGCCAUCGCUGCAAGUCGCGCUGUCAAGGUGAAGGACGAUACUUCGGAUCCCACGUACAACCCCGCGGAAGAUGAGCCCAAGACAGACGCGAAGAAGUCUAACGCGCAGCCCGCGGUUGCCGAUACGACGCCUACCACCACGGUGCCGGCGCCUUCAAACGCGACGUCUCGCAAGGCCCGGCCCCUACCCUCACCUUGGCUUCCACCCAGCGGCUUUUCUGCGGAGUUGAAGUGGCAGGUCGCGAACUAUAAUCAGCACCACGCCCAGACUGUGCAAUGGCCCGAGGGCCAACAUAUACCUGACGCUCAACUGUGGGAGCAUCCCAGCAUGCACGGUUGUCCGGUCGACAAGGAUACCGGCCAGGCGGUACAAUUUGAGGUAGCAUGCACGACUUGUCAGAAACAUAAGCGAAACUGUAUCUGGCGAGGGUCGAAGGCCUGUCUUCCCUGCUUCUGGGAGAAAGGUAGCAACGGCCCUUGCAAGGGUGGAACACCGCCCACGAAGACGCAGGAAGAACAAAAGUUUUGCAAGCCAGACUACGCUCGGCGAAAGGCGUACCUCGAUGAUCUGGUGAGCAAGGGCAAGAUUCAAUAUCCCUUGCAUUUUGUGGACGAGACCGGUCGUGCCCGGAGAGGCAGCACUUCAGGGACAACCGGGCGCGCGCCCACUCAUGAGCCUCUGGCACCGGACGCGAAAUUACCCGCCCUUGAACAAGGAGGAUCGUCUUCGGCUCCUACUUCGCUGGCUGCGUCUCGCGACACCGUCACUUCCAACCCUCCUGAAACAGCGACAGGUUCCUCUGACAACGCCAGGCGUCCCCUGUCACCAGUGGUAGAGACGGGAGAGUCUGCUACGUCGGUGACGAAACCGGCGAUCGGUCCUUCUCUGUCCUCGCCGUCUGGAGACAAGGCACUGGCAGUUGCCGGUGUUAUUGUCUCGGCCACCCCCAAUGCUUCCAAAUCGCAAUCGCCGUCAGUUGCUCUUGCUGGCGGGGACGCGCCCAAGACACCGGAGGGUGCUUUGUCUGGGCGUGAGACAAUAGACGAGAGUCAACAGGAGGACCAAAUGACGGGCAUAGUGCCUAGUGGCGCUAGCGUCGCCUUAGCCAACGGUCAUCUGCCAGACGCAGAGAACGAAGGCCGCGAACAGGAACGUCGUGACGUCGAGAUGACCGAGUUAUCGGACACUCAACCCGUGGCGAAUAAACGCCGCCGAGAAGACGAAACGAACGAGACCACCGCACUCGCAUCUAUCACAAACGAUGUUCAUCCUCCGAAGCGACCUCGCCGAGGGACUGCUCGCGCAAGCGAUAACGAGAACGCCCCUGACUCCGGACGGGAGCCGUCCAUCGCACGAGAAUCCGAACCAGAUUGCGUGCCAACUGGAAUGGCACCUCGACCUUCAGGUUCCCGAUUGACUUCUGAGCUUGCCGACGACCGCAGCGCCUCCGCGACGUCGCGUUCAGCUAGCCACGCACCUGCUCCUGGACAGGACAGAGGCAAAGGGCGUACGAAAUCCAAGAUCUCAGGUUCGGAACAACGCCGUACGGCGCCAGGUCCCGUCAAGAUACGCACCGCGAUACCGGGGACGCGUUCCAUUCCCCGAGCGGGCUCUCCCAGCGAAUUUCCUCCAUACCGCCCAGCACCAUGUAAGCAAGACGACCAUCUACACGAGACUGCGAUUGACUUUCUGAAUUCAGUGAUACCUGACGAGAAUAUGGAGUUCUCGGGUGAUCAUGCCGGUAUUGUUCGAGUUCCGCAACCCGUUCUGAACGUCGCCGGCGACGUGGUGUUCGUCAACAUAGUGGAGCGUGCUGUGCGACAAGAACUGCGCGAUGGGCUCCGUGAUCUUCGUGACGAUCUACGGGACGAUCGCGUGUUACAACGCGAGGACCGACAGUACCAGAGAGAAAUGAUGAAGACAAUCGAAGCGAUGGAGGAGCGUGCGAAAGGCGCUGGGGCGGUCUCAAGCGGCCUUGGGCCUACUAAGAAGGAUGCGCAGAACCCCGCCAAUGAUCACCUGUCCGGCGACGGUGCAACGUCUGCAUCGAUGUCUCUCCACGAGCUGGCGACCAUGUUGACAACGCUCAAUCUCAAACUCGACUCGAAACUUGACCCUUUGAGCACUCGCGUGCAAAGCUUGGACGACAAGCUGAACCCACUGGCCGCGAACGUUGCGUCGUUGAGCACCAACUAUGACGCCCUCUUGACACGCAUGGAUCGGGUCGAGAGCCAGAUGAUCACCGCGGUGGAUGAGACGCCACGGCAGCGAUCGGCGCUUUCUCCUGACCCCAACGUCUUCAAAUCUGGCAUUCUAGUCGAUGAGCCUCCGUCGCCCCCAAACGCCUCGGGUGACAUGCUGCGAGUUCCAACUGGUGGUCAGACACCGGCUCCUGUCGUUGCCGGCGAUAAUACUGGCGCUCGAACCGGCGUUCAGAUCUCCUCUCCCAUCCCUCUUGGCGAAAUGACGCGAGCUAUUCACUCCCCGGUUGCAGUCCCCGCCGGCAACACGAUCCUCCGCGCCGUUACGAACGCGGCUGCACCUUCCCAAGCGCCCCCUACACAUCCGACUGGCGAUCUGGGCUGCUCUGCGCCUGGGCCUGAGCCAACACACCCAUCGAUCGCCGCUCCGGCGCCUCUUGCUCGCACAACACCGUUUUCAAUCGUCGGUGAUGGACAUCUCUUCGCAGUACCCCCCCGCCUCGAAUCGAAGCCACACCAAGGCGCUCCUCCCGGUGAAGAAGCUCUCGGUAAACUUACUGCCCAAUCUCUCUCACGAGCCGCUAUAUCGACUGCGGGUCCACCCGCGAGUGUGCAAGGUCCUUCUAGCGCCCCAUCUCCACCGAACGACUACCUUGAGAGUAGGUCCGCCGCGACUUCUAGCUUGUCGCCCCUGACUGAAUCUACCUCCGGCAAUUAUGAAGAGCAGCCUCCUGCUGAAGAUGAUCCGAUGGAGACCGGCGAUAACUGGGCGCCCAUCACCGGCAAGCGCGGCGUUGACGACGCUGCUAUUCGAGACGAGGAGCGGGCGGCCAAGCGCCAUGCGGGAGAUAGUGGCUCGGACGCCGAUCUAGAUGCCGAGGGCAGCGUAGACGAGAGCGAACCUGCGCCGCAAGUGCCUGCGGAGAUAGAAGCACCUCGCGGAAAUGCUCGCGGUAAGGGUCGCGGCGGUCCUCGCAGCCGUCGUGCUGGUACGCGCAAUCGCCCGAUGCCUCGUAGUGGUUAA